UAAACCCAAGUACAGAGCCCAAAGCUCACAUUUGCCACAAUGCCCUCCUGGAGCAUCGACACGGACCUGGACGACAUCGACCUCGACCCCUCCGACUUCGGCUCCUCCAUACCCCUCAAGAAGGUUCCGAACGGCGACGUUUUCUCGGCUUCUCGCGCCGGCGAUGUGGAGCGCUUGAGGUACCUCCUCGACUCCGGUGUCAAUGUCAACGCGCGCGACCAGUGGGACUCGGUGGCACUCUACUACGCGUGCCUGGCGGGCCACCUCGAUGCUGCGAGGAUGCUGCUGGAGAGUGGCGCGAUAUGCUCGGAGCAUACGUUUGACGGGGACAGGUGCCACUACGCGGCACUGAACCUGAAGGUCAGGAAGCUGUUGAAGGCGUUCGAGGCGAGGCCGCCGCCGCUCGGGCCCUUGCAGACCGCGAUGAGAGAGACUUUCAUGGGUUGUGCGGGGAAUAGGGCCUACUUGGAGCAGGCUGAUGGUCAGUUUCAGAUUUCAGCUCUUUCAUCGAGCGGGGGAUUCAAUUCAUACCACUUCCCUCCAGAUGUGGUAUUUUUUGUACAAGGUAGACCGAUUGAAGCUCACAGAGUUAUCUUAAGUGCCCGGUCACCAUUUUUUAAGAGGAAGUUUGAAACCGAUUGGAAAGACCGCAAGGAAGUGAGAUUUGCAAAGGAAAAACUGUCUUAUUAUGCUCUUUACAGCCUCAUCCACUUCUUCUAUUCUGACAGACUAGAUAUUGCAGUAGAUGACAUGGAGGAUCUUGUGAGAAUAUGCAAAGUAUGCAAAUGUGAAUCAUUACAAAAGAUUCUUGAGAAAGAACUUAUUCACCAGAAAUAUGCAGAAUACAAAGCACUGAGGGACACAGAUAAUUCUCAGAAACGCUUCAUUUUACAGGGCCUGUCCCUUCCUGAAGAAGAUCGACUUCCGGCUGCCUUACAUCAAAUUCUUCAAAUUUCCCUUGCCAACUCCAACAGGGAACGCAACCAAGACAUUAGUGUUGAGAAAUUAUCAUUUUAUGUUGGUGCAAUGCAGAUCAGUAAUUUUGUAGAUGAUCUUGCAGAUGUUUGUGUAAGAGUUGAUAAAAAGAUUUUCCGUUGCCAUCAAGUGGUUUUAGCAUCAAGGUCAGAAUACUUCAGAGCAAGAUUAUCUCGUAUGAAGGAUUUUCAUGAAGGAAAAGAUGCAUUACCUGUUGAUACCCUUCCAUUUCUUGAAGAACAUGAUUUGAGCACAGAAGCAUUCGAGAAAAUGAUCGAGUAUAUGUACACUGAUGGUUUGAAGGAUAUAGACCCGGAUCAGGCUGAGGAAAUGUUUGAUGCUGCUUCUAGAUACUUGUUAUUUUCGCUUAAGCGUGCUGUAGCUGAUGCGCUGUUGCCGCACCUGGAAAUGGUCUCGCCUGCAGAGUUGUGCCAUUGGCUGAUAUUAUCAGACAUGUAUGGUGUUGCAAAGAUACGGGAGUACUGUCUAGACACAAUUUCAUGUAAUUUUGAGACAUUUGAAGAUACACGGGAAUUCCGAGCAAUGCUGUUGACACUCCCACCACCAUCCGGAGAUUCUUCACUUCGCACCACUGUUCCAAGUGCUCCAGGAGCUGUAGUCAAUACGGACCAAGCAAAUCCUUUACGAGAGAAGUGGCUUGAAGCUGAAGCUGCUGAGCUUGACCGGAGAGAUGAGAGUGCAUUUCUCUUUGACAAGCGCCUUGAGAUGCUUAUGCUUGUUGCUGAACAAGAAAAAUCUGAUGGGGCUCCAGCUGAUGAACUUCAUGAUUGGCCCAGAUCACCUGUAUCACCUCCUGCCUCUGUCCCCAUGCCAAGCGAACAAGAGAAAAUAUAGGUUUAUAUACAAUUUUUUUUUUCCUGAUGUAUUAACAAAACAUUCUUUUGUUGUAGUGAACAAAUGGGACAAUAAAAAUUGCAAUGCAUCGGAGUGCUUUAGUUGGGUUUUU